UCCUCUGAGAUGGCGCGUAAGGACUCCGCCAACCCUAACGAGGAUCGCAAGGUCCUGCAGAGUGCCGCUGCCUCUGCGCAAUUCACACCCUCUUCCAAGAAUAACGUUGGCAUGAACCCUUCCGGACCUGUCUUUACCCCUGGUAAGGGCUUUUCGGUCGCUCAUGACAACUCCAGUUUCUCUUCAGGUACCUUCUUCACUCCUGCCAAGAGCAGUGCCAUGAAGCUGUUGAAUAUCGGUUCAACUCCUGAUGGACCAUCUACCAAGGCUUCUUCACCCUCUCCCAUCAAGCCUAUCGGUUCUGGCUCCUCUACUCCAUCCAGCCAGUCUUCGCUGAAGGACGGUCCUCCCUUCAGCACAGAUGCUGACCCCAACGUUGCUGAGACUCGCUUUGUGUGCUUCGGCAUGAUCCCUGGCGAGUGGCUUGAAGGUAGCACCCUUCACGAGGUCCUACAAGCAACUGGCUUGGUCGGUCUUAUCGACAACUGCGUCGCUGCUCUCGGCGAUACUGAAGACUGUGUCAGCUUGUAUUGUCGCUUUGACGACUUGCGCGCCGCGUUCGUCUCGAAGGCCAUGUUUGAGAGUGGUCUUACUACAGCCAACUUUCGUUUUGUGGACCACCACGAGUACUUCGCCCACGAUUUCACCCACGCUCGUGCUCAGGCCGUCUCGGCCUACGAUGGUCAGGUCGAGUUUACAGCUAUGCCCAAGAGCAUGAUGGACUUCAACCUGCACUCGAUCUUCGAUGAAGUUCGUGCCCUCGCCAGCGCCUUUGGCAAUGUUCGCUCAUUCGCGUACAUCGAUUCAAAGGGCUUCCAGGCCCCUCGCUUCCGUGCGGAAUACUUCUCUGUGAACUCCGCCGAGGAUGCUAUUGCCAUGUCGCUCCAGCACGACGCAGCCUUCUGCUCNUGUGAGUAUCUUCCUUUUUCUUUUCAAGACACUCUCACAGUGUCUAUCAAGGAAUACGCACCUGCUGGCUACAAGCGCUACGUUCAUCCCGCCGCCUCGGGCAUGACUGACCUGGUGGCCGCCACUGAAAACCUAGACGUUUCGGACGACUGGAACGACCGCUAUGACAACUACACCACCCGCAAUUCCAGAGGUGGUUACGCUCCUCGCCCACGUGGCGACCAGGUUCCCCGUCGCUUCCGCGGUGGCUACCGUGGCCAUGGCUCCCGCCAGCCCGCCUGGUGGAUUCCCUCGGAGGACUCUCCUGUUCACCAGACUGAUAUGGCCUUCUGGAGAUUCAACCAGCCUCAAACUGUGAACCUCCAGAAGAUUGAGGCCGGCAUUGAUGUUCGCACUACCAUCAUGUUGCGCAACAUCCCCAACCGUGUUGAUUUUGAGGACCUCAAGCUCUUCCUCGACGCCACCUCGGAGGGUCACUACGACUUCUCCUACCUCCGUAUCGACUUUUCCAACAACUUGAAUGUUGGAUACGCCUUCGUUAACUUCGUCCGCCCUGAGUUUAUUACCAACUUCGUUCAGCGUCGCGUCGGCAAGGAAUGGAACAUGUACGGUUCCAUGAAGAAGUGCGAGGUUUCCUAUGCCACCAUCCAGGGCAUCGACUGUCUGCUUGCCAAGUUCCGCAAUUCAGUCGUUAUGGAAGANAAUCCUCGCUACCGCCCUAAGCUUUGGUACAACGUCGACUCCACCGACCUCCCGGCCAUCGCAGGCGUCCCUAACCGCCAGGCCAUUGGUACCGAAGCUCCAUUCCCUCCUCCCAACAAUGAGCAAAAGCGCAAGCGCUCCAGGGACAACGCCGGCACUAUCGGCCUGUUCCCUCCUCGUCGUGGCAGAGGCCCGUACGGCCCUGGCUCUCACUACCGCGAGGGCCAGUACGACCGUGGUACCUCCUUCGCCAUUGAGGAAGAACGCCAGCAUGAAGAGCAGCGCCAGCUGCGCUUCAACGAGCGCCGCAUGAUCGGUUACCGCGGCAAUGACCGUCGUCAGCACCCUGCCUCACGCAACGGCAGAUACCAGCAGCAGCCUCGUUUCCGCGGUGAUUAUGAGGACGAGGAGGAGGACUACUUCGACGAGGAAGACCCCUUCUUCCGUGGUAACUGCCGCGGUCACUAUCGUCGUUGA